UAUACAAUGGGAACUUAGCCGAUUGCACAACCCCAUCUUUUCUUCAUUCUGCCUUCAUCUACUCACCGGUGUGUGAGAACAUACGUGGUUUUUAUUUAGUUUUUUGUUUUUAUCCAAACAAGAUUUAGAAUAUGAGUGGGGACCAUUCCCACAACGAAGACCAGAUUAUGGGUGGCUCUCGGAUCAAUGACUCUCACAAGCAUAAAGACAAGUACAAAGAGCAUAAACACAAGGACUACAAGAGAGACAAAGAACGUGAAAAAUCCAAGCAUGGCAACAGCGACUACAAAGACCCCUCUGAAAAAAAAUACAAAGACAAGGAGAAGAUGAAGCACAAAGAUGGCAGUACAGAGAAAAACAAAGACAAGCACAAGGAGAAGAGGAAAGAAGACAAGAUCAAAUCGCUGGAUGACAAAAUCAAAAAAGAAAAAGAAAAUGGUUUUGUCAGCCCAUUGCAUGUGAAGUCUGAGCCUGAGGAGGAUUUCUACCACUCUCCCAAACACGAAAAGUCCCUUAAGAGAGAGCGAGAUGAGGAUUACGACUCUGAAUUUAAACCCAAGAAAAUAAAGACUGAAAAUGAUAAAAAGGUCAAGAAAAGAAAACCAGGAGAUGAGGACAUUAAGUCUAAAAAAACAAAAACUCAGAAAGAUGCAACAGAUGGAAAAAAGAAAGCAAAAAAAGAACCAGAAGAGAAGUGGAAAUGGUGGGAAGAGGAGAGAUACACAGACGGUGUCAAGUGGAAGUUUCUGGAACACAAAGGCCCAGUGUUUGCUCCCCCCUACGAGCCCCUUCCUAGUCGUGUUAAAUUUUAUUAUGAUGGUAAACCCAUGAAGCUCAGUCCAGAAGCUGAAGAAGUGGCUACCUUUUUUGCCAAAAUGCUAGAUCACGAGUACACAACAAAAGAUAUUUUUCGCAAAAAUUUCUUCAAAGAUUGGCGAAAGGAAAUGACAGCAGAGGAAAAAGCCACAAUCACAGAUUUGAAGAAGUGCAACUUCACAGAGAUGAGCGAGUAUUUCAAAGCACAGUCUGAAGCCAGGAAAGCAAUGUCAAAAGAGGAAAAACAGAAAAUAAAAGAAGAAAAUGAGCGCAUCUUGCAAAAGUAUGGUUUUUGUAUUAUGGACAAUCACAAAGAACGCAUCGCUAACUUCCGUAUCGAGCCCCCCGGCUUGUUCCGUGGCCGUGGAGACCAUCCAAAAAUGGGAAUGCUCAAACGUCGUAUUAGGCCUCAAGACAUCAUUAUCAACUGCAGCAAGGACUCAAAGUACCCAGAACCACCCCCUGGUACUAAGUGGAAAGAAGUUCGCCAUGACAACAAAGUGACUUGGCUGGUUUCCUGGACAGAGAACAUUCAGGGCUCUAUCAAAUACAUUAUGCUGAACCCCAGCUCGAGGAUAAAGGGAGAGAAGGACUGGCAGAAGUAUGAAACGGCUCGCAGACUGAAGAAAUGUGUGGACCGCAUCAGAGCUCAGUACCGUGAAGACUGGAAGUCCAAGGAAAUGAGGGUCCGACAGCGGGCUGUGGCACUCUACUUUAUCGACAAGCUGGCUCUGAGAGCAGGUAAUGAGAAGGAGGAGGGGGAGACUGCAGACACAGUCGGCUGCUGCUCGCUGAGAGUCGAACACAUCAACCUUUAUCCAGAAAAUGAAGGUCAGGAGUUUGUAGUGGAGUUCGACUUCCUGGGUAAAGACUCCAUCCGCUACUACAACAAAGUUCCAGUAGAGAAAAGGGUGUUUAAGAAUCUCCAGUUGUUCAUGGAGAACAAAGAACCGGAUGAUGACCUGUUCGAUCGGCUGAACACUUCUAUUCUGAACAAGCAUCUUCAGGAGCUGAUGGACGGUUUGACGGCUAAAGUUUUCCGUACAUACAACGCAUCCAUCACCCUGCAGCAACAGCUGAAGGAGCUCACGACUGCGGAUGAGAACAUUCCAGCCAAGAUUUUGUCGUACAACAGGGCCAACAGAGCUGUGGCCAUCCUGUGUAACCAUCAGAGGGCUCCACCCAAGACAUUUGAGAAGUCUAUGCAGAAUCUGCAAGCGAAGAUUGAUGCUAAAAAGGACCAGCUCUCUGAUGCCAAGAGAGAACUGAAGAGCGCCAAGGCUGACGCUAAAGUACGGAAAGAUGAAAAAACAAAAAAAGCGGUAGAGACCAAGAGGAAGGCCGUUCAGAGGAUAGAGGAGCAGCUCAUGAAGCUGGAAGUGCAGGCGACCGAUCGUGAAGAGAACAAGCAGAUUGCCCUCGGCACUUCCAAACUCAAUUAUUUGGACCCACGCAUAUCUGUGGCAUGGUGCAAGAAGUGGGGUAUACCCAUUGAGAAGAUUUACAACAAAACCCAGCGUGAGAAGUUUGCCUGGGCCAUUGACAUGGCAGAUGAAGACUAUGAGUUUUAAAUCCCAGUUUAACUGAUGAUUUUUUUUAUUAUUGAAUACAUGUUUUUAGCUUACAUGGAUUUGCUUGAUAGGCAAAUCCAAGAAAACAUUUUAAAGUUUGUUCCAAGGAAAAACAAAAGUGACAAGCAGGAUCUGGCCAUUACAACAUGAGUGCUUUUGUGGAUAGUCUAAAUAUCUGGUUGGAGCUCGGGUAACAAGGCUAAGCUAUGUCUGCAGCUGCGAAUCGGUAUAAUUUUAAGACUCCUUGACAUUAGUCUCUGUCCCUUCUCAGGGACAAAGCCUGACAGAGCCUGAGAUUUGAACUCUGUGGUCCUAUAACUGCUUUAUCAAGCAAAAAUAAAAUGCUUUUUAACCUUUUUAUUUUCUUCAAUCACUUGCUCUGUAUUUUAGCCCUCCCAUGUAUUAUUAAUGAAUUCUAUAUUUUGAUAGAUGAAGUAAAAAUCAAAAAAACUUCUUUAACUUCACCCACACGCCUUUCAAGGAAAUGUAAAUGUGAGCUUUUGUGCGUUUGUGUAUGCAUGAGUAUGUGUGUAUCAGAAGCUCUGCCAUGAACGCUUUCUGUCUGGGUCAAUACUUUAAACUGGACAUCACUGAAAUUGUUGGGCAUGAAAGAGGAUGUCUGGGCAGGUAAAGGGGAAAUUUAAUGCAACCAUUUCAAGUUUUGUUUUUUUUUUCUUCCUUUUCUUAAGCAAGCAGAAUGUGAAUAUUUCGUUUUACCGCUUUUAUCAGGGACUUCAUUCACUGAAAAUGUGAGCCAAUCAUGUUCAUCCCUUGAGUUGCAAACAUUCUUUGAAUCUCAGCUCUCCCAUCAUCUGCUUUUUUAAGGUAAUUUAAUGAUCAGAGAAGAAUACGACUCCCGUAGGUUACUUGAACAUAAUGUUGUCAAAAUGUAUUUAAAGUGAGUAAAUGGGAAGUGUUUUGCCUCCUGGUGGGAGGGUGUGAGGGACAUUAACUUUGCCAAAAAAAAAAUAAAAGAAGAAAAAAAA